CACUACAAGCAGAAGCAGACUCUGCUGCGAAGGGAAAUUAUUCAUGGCCGUUCACUUGGAUGAGAAGCAUGAAGAUUAUUUUGCUGAUUUUGGUCCCCGUGGCAGUGUGCGAAAAUCACACAGGAAGCCACGCGUUGAACUAUUACUUCACGGGACUGUCUUCGUCUGAUUCGAGGCCGCCUUUCUUCUCGGUGAUUGGAUAUGUAGAUGACAAACAGAUCGACCGAUAUGACAGUGACGGCGGACAGGCCCAGCCGGUAGCAGAGUGGAUGUCAUUGUUUGGGGGCCCAAGAUACUGGGAGACAGAAACUAAGAAGCGUCAGACCUGGGUGGCUGAAUAUCGGGAACAUUUCAAGGUUGAAAUGAGCAUUUCCAACCAGACCCAGGGUUUAUGUGUCUACCAGGUGCUGUUUGGCUGCGAGCUGGAUGCGGAUGGUAGCUCCAGAUCAUAUUAUCUUUUUGGCUACCAAGGGAAGGAACAUAUCCGCUUUGAUAAGGACAGAAUGUUGUAUGAACCGGCCACGGAGCGGGCAAGAAUAACCACAGACAGAUGGAACGGUGAAAGGAGCCGCCAGUCGGAGCGGGACAAGACGUGCCUGGAAACGAUUUGUAUCGAGUGGCUGAAGAAAUAUAUAAGAUAUGGAAAAGAAGAACUGGAGAAGAAAAUUCCACCGGAGGUGACGGUGACAAGUCUGAGCACACGUGGGGUCACUAGGCUCCACUGCUGGGUGUAUGGGUUUUACCCCCGGCACGUGGAUGUGACGUGGAUGAGGAACGAGAAAGAUGAGCUUUACUCAGAGGAGGCCAAACAGAUCCUUCCCAACUCAGACGGUACUUAUCAGGUCCGAGUUACUGUGGAGGUUAUGCCUCAGGAUGGAGACAGCUACGCCUGCCACGUGGAUCACUGCGGCCUGCAGAACGUUCUUGUUACUAGGUGGGAUCCCGUUAGGAGAUCAUUCCUCUACGAGCUGGUUGGGGUCCCAGUGCUGGUUCUGGUGAUCAUCGCUGCUGGAUUCUUUAUGUACAAGAAGAUGCCACUAAAGAAAAAUCAGCAUGGGGUCAUCUUUCUCCGGGGCAACGCACGAGGCAGACGUGACAAUGGCUGAAGAGGCUUUGGGCUGGAAAAAGUGCCACGAGUCGCGGUAACGUCUCCGUCGGAUCUGGCAGAAAUGAGUAUCGGUGGCCACGGCCUGCAUCAUAUGUGAAACGUGUCCUACUCCUGCUUCUCUAGAGUUUCUUUAGUAUUUAAAUAUAAAUGGUGGAUUAACCUG